AUGGAUCUCGUCAACAGUCUCGAAGGACGUCUGCUCUUUGCGGUACCCAAAAUCCGCUCGUUUUGUCCUACCGCAGAGGGCCGAUUGAACGCAGCUGCGUUGAACCUUCUAGAGGGCGCCGAUAUCCAAUUCCGCCGCGAGAACCGCCUCGACAUCGCCCUUGUCAAGAACCUCCCCAUCGCCCUCAUUUUCCUGCCUGCGGCGGACAUCCCCACGUUUGUCGGCCAGGGCCGCGUCGACCUUGGCAUCACGGGAUGGGACCAGGUCAAGGAGCACGAUGCUGCCGUCAAGGCCACCACCAGCGAAGAUCCGUCGUCCCCGGUCUCGGGCAGCGAGAUGGUCAUGGACCUCGAAUUUGGCGCGUGCAAGCUGCAGGUUCAGGUCCCAGAGAAGGGACAAUACGCCACCAGCACAGACCUGAUUGGACGCACAAUUGGUACGAGUUUUGUCAGCCUGACUGAGGAGUACUUUGCCCAGCUGGAGGCACAGGCAAGCGGAGCUGCGCCUCAGAAGCUGCGGACCAAGAUCAUUGAGCUGAGCGGCAGUGUCGAGGCAGCUUGUGCGCUGGGUGUCGCCGAUGGCAUCGUGGAUCUUGUUGAAUCAGGAGAGACCAUGAGGGCUGCGGGACUCAAGGCCAUCGACACCGUUGUCGAGUCGGUGGCCGUCCUCAUCAAGUCGCGCUCACCGUCCAACACCGACCUGGUAGACCUCAUUGCGGCACGUAUCCGCGGUGUCAUCACUGCCCAGCGAUAUGUUCUGUGCCAAUAUAACAUUGAGCGGUCGAGCAUCGCUGCGGCCACGCAGAUCACACCAGGAAAGCGUGCUCCCACAGUCACAUCACUGGAUGAUGGCUGGGUUGCUGUGAGCUCAAUGGUCGAAAAGAAGAAGAUUGCCCUCGUCAUGGAUGACUUGAAGCGAGUGGGAGCCCAGGAUAUCCUUGUCCUGGACAUCCACAACACACGAUAA